AUGCAAGACCUUCAUUCCAUCAUCACCAGUGCGUUCUUGAGGCAGAUGUGCCUCGCGAGAGUCCCCUGGCCGUCGACACACCACAUAUCUGGGAAGGAGUUGGUGACAGAAUUCUUCAGCGAUGACUAUCGCUUUCUCACUGCCGCAAAGGCAGCCUGGCCUGUUCUCAAGGCCAUCACCCAAGCCUACGGGCCGAACACUAUUCCAGAUAUGACUUAUUUCUUGCCCUCACCAGAAGUUCACGAAUUUCCUGAACAGGCGUUUGGAAUGCACGUCCUCCUUGACCAAGCACCGAGGGUAUUGUUCAAAGGCAUCGAUGGCCGGUGGACGAGCUGGUUCGAUAAGAUAGCGGGGAAGCUCUACAAGUAUUACUAUGGUCUGCCAGAGCACCAGAGACCGUGGACCCGUGGCGCCUGGACAGGCGCGACAUUUGAGUAUUGGGCCUGUGUUGCCAUCGAAUUCAACUCUACUAUGGCGCACCACGAGAGUACAGCGGACCAGCAACUUUCGGCAACUAACACGGAGCAGUUGCGCUGUGCUGUUGAAAACUUUUCGGGCCACCGCGAUCCGGUGAGAGACGGCUCAUCGCCACCACUGGACGAGUACUCGAUGGUAGAUAUCGUUAGCCAUGUUGACCUUGGUCGGGACUGGGCAUUCCACGAAGCUUCUUUCUUCUUCUUUAGUGUCGAUGACGCCCACAAACCCAUCAUUGAUCGGUUUGGACGGUAUCCAUAUCGCAACGCCAUCGAGGGGAGAGAUAGUACGCUUGAUGAAGUCGAGUGGAUCCAGAAGACGGCUCACUUCGCCGAGGCGUCGCCGGAGGUUGCGAAGCGUGUUAAACAGGACAUGGCAGCUAGGAGGUGGACACCGCUGGGCGAGGGCGAAGGCGAGGGCGAGGUCGAGGAGAGACCGCAAAGAGAUGCAGCUGGAAACCUCGCGCCCGAUGCAAGUUUAAACAUCGCCAUACGGAUAGAACCUGCAAAGAAGCACGUAAAGCAGGACGAAUUCCAACGCUUGUCGGGAUGGUCCAGGUAUGGCAUGUCUUGCGCUAAAUAG